AUGCUGCAGGGUGUCCGGGACCGGCACACACCUGGACUCACUCACCUCCACCUGUACACAUUCACCUGUACACACUCACCUAUACACACUCACCUGUACUCACCUGUACUUACCUGUAAACACGAACCUGUACGCUCACCUGUACACACCUAUCCAUGCAUAAACACCUGUACACACACACACCUGUACACACACACACACCUGUACUCACCUGUACACACCUGGGUGACGGUGCUGCGGGCGCGGGGGCUGCGCGCCAAGGCGGCGGCGGGCGGCAGCGACGCGUACGCGGUGAUGGCGCUGGGCCGCGACAAGUUCCGCACGUCGGUGGCCGAGCGGUGCCGGGGCGAGCCGCUGUGGCGGGAGGAGGCCACGUUCGAGCUGCCGGCGCGGCCCGCCGCCCUGCGCCUCACGGUGCUGCACCGCGCCCUGGCCGGCGCCGACAAGUUCCUGGGCCGCGCCGAGGUGGAGCUGGCCGCGCUGAGGGACGACGGCGGCCGGCGGCACACCAGGUGGUACAAGCUUCACUCCAAACCAGGGAAGAAGGAGAAGGAGAGAGGGGAGAUCGAGGUGGACAUCCAGUUCAUGAGGAGCAACAUGACAGCCAGCAUGUUUGAUCUGUCCAUGAAGGACAAGCCCCGCUCUCCCUUUGGGAAGCUCAAAGACAAGCUCAAGGGCAAGAGGAGCAGUGGCCUCUCAGACACAGCAUCUGCGAUCGUCCCCAGCACCUCCCACUCCCCUGCUGACAGCGAGGAUGAGGCAGUGGAGAAGGAAAAGAAGAAAUCCAAGUUCAAAGCGCUGUUCUCCAAGCCUGGCCUGCAGAAGACAUCCUUGUCCCAGUCCAUGUCAGUGCUGCCCACUCAGCAGCCCCUCACCCAGAGGGUUCGGCUGCGGCCCAGCGACUUCCAGGCGCAGUGGGAUGAGGAGGAGUCCGAGACCUCUCCUGCCUCAGAACCCCCAGCAGAUGUGGGCAGAAGGAGCCCCUCAGGAGACGCUCACCACACAGAGGAGGCCGUCACAACCAAGCAGCUGCUCAGCCCUUGUGAGGAGGAACAGAAACCUGAGAAAGCUGCACCAGCCAAGACUAAAGCUGUGAAACCCAGACUGGGCCUGUCUCCAGAGGAGGAACCCAAAGCCACGCUUCCUACUCUUGCACCUGACCCCCUCCCUGCUUUUCUCUCUGUGCACCGUAUCAGCAGUGCCAAUAAUCCUUUUAUUUCUGAAGUGGGGCAGACAGUCCAAGUGCCAGAUUCUGAAAACGUCAUUAGUUCUCCUGCCUCUCUCACUUCUCCUGCUUUUGCUGCAGAGCUCUGGAAUGACAAGAACCCCUUUACUCCUGAGUGGGACAGGGCAUCCAGAGCCCUGGAUCCCGACAGCAUCGCCCGUUUCCCUUCAUCCCAUCAUCCUGCAGCCUGUGUUCCCAAAGUGCCUCUUCCUGGGCAGGUGUCUGCCAGGGGCAAGAAUCCUUUUGCUGCUGACUGGGAGCAGGGUCCUGAGGGCUCUGAGGCUUCCCAGGGUCUCUCUGGCUCACGCACACCUUCUGUCCCCUCUGACUGUCCUUUCAAUGCCAACAAUCCCUUCAUGUCCAAGCGUGGGGCACAGGCAGUGCCAGGUUCCCAGGAUGGUUCCUCCCCUUCCUGCCUUCCUGGUGGGGAGGACUGUUCUUCUACAGGACACCUUGCUCGUGGUGCUUCAGGGGGCUCUGCAGAUGUGGCUUUAACCAGUGAUGUCACAGCUGUGCCAGACCCUCUGGGCACCUUGUCUGGCCCCCCUGCUGGCCCCUCUGGGCUGGCUCCAGAGCCACACUGGGAUUCUGCCCAGCUUCAGCCUGAGGGGUCUUUGGAAAGCAGCAAGCCAGGCCGUGGGAAAUCUGUGUCCUUUGUCCUUGGGGAAUGGCAGGGUGUUCCAUCAGGUGAUGUGGGUUUGGGUGGGCAGGAAGGUGGAGAGCAGCCCCUGGAUUCCAGUGGGAGGUUACAGAUGCGUUCAGGGGCAGCAGGAGAGCGAGCAGGGUUUGGGGGUGAGCUGGGAGCAGGGGGUGACCCAUCGAAAGAGCUCUCUCAUCCCACCUGGAACAGUGAUGGAACAGCUGUGGAGGUCACUGGUGGGAGCACUGAGGCCUGCACAAGGGGUGACAAAGGUUUUGUGUCUCUCUCCAAGUGCAGUGACAGCCUCGUGCCAGAGGCUGACCAGGCACAAUCCCCCGAGAGCGAGCUCAGGGAGGAGCAGGAGACCUGUGGUGGAAAGCAGUGGGCAGAAUGUGUGCCCACGUUAGAGCCCCAGGCACCUCCACCUGCUGGAAAUGAGCCACUGUCUCAAGUCUCAGCAACACCGAGAGCCUGCAUGGUGUCCCCUGGGGAAGGGGAUCCAGGGAGGGCUGGCAGUGAGGUCCUUGUGCCCCCAAAGCCAGCCCCACGACUGGCUGUGCUGCUGAGGAAAUCCCCAGCCACUCCCCAGGCUGAGCUGAGGGGUGAUGUUCCUGCUUCAGGGGAUGGUGUAAAAUCCACACCAGGGCUCCUGUUCCCUGAGCCCUCAGCUGCUCGUGGGUGCCUCCCUCAAGGGGGCUCCUUGGAGACUGUCACCCCUGCAGUGGCACCCAGAGGUAAGAGCAGUGGCAGGCCUUCAGGAAAGGAAGGUGGUGAUGAUUUGUCUGUCAGUCUCACAAAUGUCAGGUCUGCAGUUCCUGUUCCCGGGGACCGGGGCUCGGCACUGGCCGGUCUUCCCGUGAUCCCGGAGGGAGGCUCUGAUGACGAGCUGCUGGGGGACUGCCAGGACAGCUGUGGGGCCACUGCAGGUGACAAAGGUGUUCUAGGGAAUGGAGAGCAGCCCCGAGGUUUGACACCUUUGCGUGGAGAACAGCCAGAGCUCUGUGAUAGCUCUGCUGCAGCCCCUGUGAUCCCGGCUGCUCCGGGAGGAGGAGCAGGAGCCAUUCCUGGUGCUUGUGAGCCAGGGAGCUUGGCUGUGCUGCCUGCUGCAGUGGGUGCUCCCAGGGUCUGUGUCCAGGGAGGUGACUCAGGCUUAGGUGUGACGUCUCAUUCCAGGGAGUGUGACAGUCAUUUUGAGAAACAAGAGCUGGAAAGGAGUGCAGGAGAUGAGGAGCGUGCAGAGUGUGACUUCUCUGAGCCUUCUGCUUUCUCUUCCUCCCUAUCAAGUCCUUGCCAGCCCUACUCUUCCUCUCAUUCCCUUCUCUCUGACACCCCGAGUCGUAGAGCAGAGUCUCCGAAAAAGCCAAGAGCCGAGGGCUUCGCAGAUAAAGCGGGAAAUUCGGGCAAGAAGAAACUUCUCCAGGCACGGGUUUCACCCUCUGAAACGUUCCCUAACCAAACCCCACGGGGUGCUGAAACCGUGUCUCCCAAGCACAGACUCCAUCCUGUGAAGCCAAUGAAUGCCAUGGCAAACAAGCCUCAGAGCAAGAACCUGAAUGUCAUCAGCACCAUGAAUGAAAAGCUGCUGGAAAUGAGUGUGAAGAAAUACGAUCCCUCAGACCCUGCCUAUGCCUAUGCUCAGCUGACACACGAUGAGCUGAUCCAGCUGGUGCUGAAACAGAAGGAUACCAUCAGCAGGAAGGACCUCCAGGUGCGGGAGCUCGAGGACUACAUCGACAACCUGCUGGUCAGAGUCAUGGAAGAAACCCCAAACAUCCUCCGAGUUUCCAUGGCUGGCAACAAAAAAGCUGGGAAGAUGUGAAGGGUCUGGGGGUGUCAGUGGGCAAGGACUGAAUCCCCCCCAGGGGAGGGUGAGGAGCUGGUGGUGCUGGUUGUGCUGCUCACAGAAAAUGACCUUUUCCUGUUUCUGCCUUGAGCAACCCUCAGAUUGAUUAAUAGUUCCAUCAGGUGUUGUAAUGAAGUCACCUUAUUUAUUUUUAUUUUGGUUUUUAUUUUUUGGUUUCUUCCCAUUAUUUGGGAAGGUCAGGCAUUAAUCCCAAGGCUGGUUGUGAUGGGAAGGAGGAGGGUUUUUGAUGUGUUUUGCUUCCCAGCAAGGCACUGAUGAUCCUUUAGGAAGAUUUUUUUUAAUGGUUUUGUUUUGUAGCAGCUUUUAGAGAUCAGUUACUUUCCCUUCCACAUCUGGAGUUGUAGUGCAAUAUAAAUCCUUGUACAGUAGAGCUUGAGGAUUUGAUUGUUUUUAAAAUAAUAAUUAACUACACUGGAGAAGUCCAAAGAUGGCCCAGCUUCAGCCUUGGGCUGUAAUUUAAAAGGAAUUAAUGCCCUGAAAGUUGACUGUAAGCUGGCCAAAUCUCAGUUCAUCUCAUCAAGUGGACAUUCCCAAGAGUCCUUCAAGGGAAGGUUUUCAGGUUUUUUGGAGUAGGAGACACUGAGGUUCACGGUACGUUCCUACCAUAGGAAUGGCCUCAAUGAAUUUAGGCCAAAGGUACAUUUUAAAUCAGAAAUUGUUCUCUUAGUGUCUUAAAUUUCUGCUCUGGAGGUUGUUCAGAGCAGGCAGAGGCUCUCACACCUUGUGCCCUGUGGGAGCUCAGUGACCAUUUUUACACUGCAUUGAGGAAACAGAAAUCCUUUGGGCUUUGAAAGCCCUUCCAAGGUGAUCAGCCUUGCCCUGGGGCUGGGCUCCUGCCUGCUCUGCUCCCAGUGGGAGGAAAACCCUGUGCAGCUGAGGGAGCUGGGUGUGCUGGACAGUGCAGGGCUCCUGGGGGUCUCAGGGGUGGUCUCCAUCCCCUCAGGCUGCAGGAGCAGCCACCACAGCCUCCCCCACUGCAAACUGACCAGGGCUUUGUUUGCUGAGCCCUUGGCACACAGCAAAACAUCAGAUGCCUUCUGGGACCCCUGGGAUUUGCCAGGGUAGGGAGGGUCCAGGAAAGGCUUAGAGGGAAGCUGGAAAACCAACAGAGCCCUGCAAAGGACCAAAACUUCACGAGGACCAAAGCUGAAAGCUUUCCAGCCUUAAUUCUAUGGAAAUAAACACUCCUACCUUUGGAAAUGGUUGGGUUACUGGGUCACUCCUGGCCCAGGGGUGAGUUUCUAACUCAAUUUUUCUACAGGAAAGCACUUUAUUGGGGGGCUGGAGCAGCUGGAUGACUCUCACCCUGUGAGCAGUCUGCUGACAAUGUCACAAACCACUGGAGAUCUCAAAUGCUGCAUUUCGUAGCGAGGAACAGUUUGAUAGAUUUGCACAGAGAUGUAAACAUUUAUUACAAAAAAAUCAAAGAAAUGCUGUUAAUGACCUUUUUCUUCCUGUUUAUUCCUGCUACCAAAGUCUGGAGCUUUAGUGGCAGAGCUGUCCCUCAUGGGCAGCCUGACCUCAAACAAGCAUUAGGAGCUGAGAGUCUUGCAAGACUUCAGGUCCUUUUAUCUCAUUUUAGUGUUAUUUGGGCAGCGAGGGCGUUCUCUGCCCUCUGCUCUGGUGAAGGCAGCCUCGGUGGUGGUUUCAUUCUGAGGGGUGCUGCUCAGCCUUGCUGCAGCUGCUGCUGCCUCCUGUGCCUUCUCGAGUGAGGAAGAUGAAGGAUUGAUUUGUUUCCUCCUCGUGCCUCCGUGGAUCUCUGGACACAGGAUCCUGUACCUCACUGAUAAACUUGUAUUUUAGACUUUUUCUCCUCUGGGGAAGAGUGACCUGCACAGAACCAAAGCAAUAAAUAAUAUUAUUAUUCCUAAACUAAAUAAUGCUCUGCUCUUAGCAGAGAUGAAGCCUUAACACUUGGGCCAGCCUCUGGCAGCCUUUCUGAGCCAGUUCCAGCCAGGUGUGUUGGGUGGAGCCCGAGCUGAGCGGGGCUCCUGCCCCAAAAGCCUGGCCCAGCCCUCGUACCUUGUUUUAAUUGGCAACACUCAUUAAAGCCUUCCUUUGGUGUGAGGGGACUGGCAUUUUACAUCCUCGAGGGCCUGAAGAAUCAAAUCUGUUGUUUAUUAUUGAAGGAUGUAAUGCAUGUUUGUACUCUGCUUUUAGCCCAGGUACUGUUUGUUUUUAAACACCUUUUGGUUUUAUGGAACACUAAAAUAAAGACACCUCAAACCCA